AUGGUGAUGGCUAGGAAAACUUCCAAAUGCUUGGAUGCUUUUUUUAUAAAAAAGCACGCCUCAGAAGAAAUUUCUAUAAUAAAUUCUGAAGUGGCUCUUAUUUAUCAUAAUGUGAAGCAUGGUUUGAGUUACAACAGCUUGGAUUGUUUGGCAAAAAAUAUUAGCAAAUUCAUUCCAGAUAGUCAAAUAGCAGCAAAAUUGACAUGUGGACGAACAAAAGCAUCGGCAAUAACACGCAAUGUUUUAGGACCCUAUUCACAAGAAAAAGUGAUCUCUGAAUUAAAAGAAUGUUAUUAUUUUUCCGUAGCCUCAUAUGCAUCAAAUGUUGGUAAUUUAAAAACAUUUCCCUAUGCCGUUCAAUAUUUUAAUUGUAAUAAAGGUAUAUGUAGAAAAUUAUUGGACUUUUACGAGGAAGCUGAAGAAACAUCGCUCGAUAUAUAUAACUGCCUUAAAAAAAUUACCACUGACUCUAAUCUCAGCAUGGAUCAAAUAAGUGCAUACAGUGCAGACAAUGCUUCUGUUAAUUAUGGUGCCCAUAAUUCUGUAUUCCAGAAAUUAAAAGAAGAAAAUAAUCAUAUUUUUAAAGCCAAUUGUUAUUGCCACGUUGUUAAUAAUUGCGUAAAAUAUGCAUUAAAAGGCCUCGAUGUUGACAUAGAAAGCAUCGUCAUAAAAAUUUAUAAUGAGUUCAGUUCAUCAGCAUUAAAAACAAAAAAAUUGAAAGAAUGUUGUGAAUUUGCCCAAAUAGAGUAUAAAGAACUGCUAAGACAUGUACCUACAAGAUGGUUGUCACUUUUGCCAGCUAUAGAUCGCUUAAUUCGGAGUUGGCCUGCUGUUAAACAUUAUUUUUUAUCAAAAGGUCGUGAUAACUGCCACAAGGUGCUAUGGGAUUUUAUUUCAGAAGGUUGUAGUACUGAUUUUAUGAAUAAUGAUGAUGAAGAAUGUAAAAAAGAAGGUAAAAAUGACUGUUACCUUUUCUUCCUGAGCAAUAUCUUGCCUGAAUUUACAAAAGUGAUAUUGCUAUUAGAAAGUGAGAGCUUCACUAUUUUGGACAUUGAUCAUGCCAUGCGAAGUCUUCACGACCAAUUAAAAAGUAGGAUGGCUGAUAACUUUUUUGGGAGCAAAGUCAGGGACAUUUUCAGAAAACUUGAUGAAGAAGAAAGAGCUCUAUUUAAAGGACAGGUGCAUAUUUUUCUGCAAAGAGCAUUAAAAUAUAUAGAAGAAAGAUAUGAUUUUAGUACCGAUGGAAUCUACAAAAAGUUUGAACUUUUGUCCCUCAAACCACAGGAAUUAAAAUUGACUUGGGAAGUGCUUUCCGAAUUGCCCAUGAUAUUAAAUAUAGAAGACGCUAUUAAUAUUGACUCCCUUUACUCAGAGUUUGCAUGUCUGAAAACGGUAUAUAGGGAGCUUCCGAAAGACUUACCAAACGACGAAAUAUGGGCCUAUUUCUUCAGAAAUAACACGUCCACAAAUUUCGAUAAUUUAAAAAAAAUAGUUGGUUUCGUUCUUUCUAUUCCAACAAGCAAUGCCUUUUGCGAAAGAAUAUUUAGCCUACUGAAUAGUUUAUGGACUAAAGAGCGAAACCGGAUGUCCAUGGAUUUAAUCAAGUCCGAACUGCAGACUCGUAUAAACUUUGACGUGUCUUGCUCAGAAAUUCUAACAGUCUUACAAAGCUCUGACGGAGAAAAACUAAUAAAAAUGGCAAAAUCCAGUGAAAAAUAUUUCAAAAAAUGA